AUGAUUGCCCCUACAGAACCCGCCCUUUCCUCAAGCUCUCUCUCUUCUUUGACCCAGUUUACCCCUGAUGUCGAUCGGGAUGCUCUGUUCGAGAAGGUGAUUGUCAUUGUGGGUGGCUCCAACGGCAUCGGCGCUAGCUUAGUGGAGCUCUGCUGCCGCAAUAGCGCUUAUGUGGUAAUUGGUGAUAUCGAUGACACCCGUGGAGAGGCUCUGAGCAGGAAGUGCGUGGAGCAAUGGCCUGCCAUUUCUGACCCGGCUCUGCCACCCAAGCCGGCUAGGGCCACCUUCCAGCACGUUGACGUGACCAACUACCAGGAGGUGGUAAAUCUGUUUGACCGUGCUUUCAAAACUUACAGGCGGAUUGACCAUGUCGUCGUCACCGCCGGUAGCAUGGAUACUGGUGAGAACUGGUUCGACCAGAAGCUGAGUCUGGUGUCUGUUCGGCAGGCCCCUUCUACCAAGGACCUUGACGUGAACCUCAUUGGCUCGAUGUACGUGACUCGCGUCGCAAGCGUCUACCUCCGUCAUAACCGUGGACCCGGUGUGGACCGCUCUAUCCUGCUGUUUUCUUGCGCAGCCGGGUUCAAAGAGACGGCGGGAGUGUCUUCUUACCAGGCUGCAAAGCAUGGCGUCCAGGGGCUGAUGCGCUCGUUGCGACCGUACUUCCCCUCUCCAUACAAGCACAACCUCCGCAUCAACACUAUCUGUCCCUGGAUGACCGACUCGCGCACGCUCCUCACCAAGAAGGUCCAUGACCGCUGGGCCAAGGAAGGCCUGCCUGUCAGCACCCCUGAAGAGGUCGCCGAAGUCUCCGCGGGUGUGCUUUCCGACGACUCGCUCAACGGCACAUCGAUGUAUGUUGAGGGCGGUCGUGCAUGGGAAAUUGAGGCCAACCUUGAUCGCUUGGAGUGCGAGUGGCUGGGCGAAGAGCCAUCUCGGGUUCUAGCCCGGGGUCAGAAGGUCCUGCACGAGGCAUGGGCUGCUUGA